AUGGUCGAAUGUGCCACCUCGAGCCACCUCGAUCAGGUGAGGAGGGGGGCCAUGGUAGGGAAACAAUCGCCUAUUUAUGCCCCAUGGAGUGGGCUUGACCGCGGUCCCAGGUCGGACAUGGAGGAGGUGCCGGGCGUCAAAAAGAGCCGGGCGGCCGGGCCAGCAUUGCUUGGUGUAGGUCGUCUCGGCGUUGGUGAGGAGGAGAGGUGGGUGUGGAGCAGGCCUUGGGAGCAGGCCCUGGGAGGUGCGCCACGGUGA